GUGCAGCGAGUCAAAUUCAAUUGUAGAAUUCCUCCAUCAGCAGCGUUCAGGGCGGGGGAGGGGACUGGGCAAAAACUAAUACAGGACGAAGAAGCGGAGAAUAACGCCUGUGAUGACAGCUUGGCAAUAUUAUUCUGUUAGGAUCUGAGCUCGCUAUAAGAUGUAUUCAGUCUACAUUGGACAUUUUUGUCUUGUAUUGAUUUUGUCUUGUUCUAGGCGAUGAUAUCCAAAUCAAGUGAAGCCCGUGACUCCAUCCUCUAGGAGGCUAGAUUGGGAAAGGGUGGACACGGGAAAGGCGAAAACAAUACGGAGUGGAAGCCCUGUGUCGGAUUAUCGAGGAUCGGAUGGAUCUACAGCUAAAGCGCCCGGGAUCUGGUAUCAUGAUAGCGCUGAGCUUGUUGCUCGCUUGCACGGGGUUGGUGUUGGGACAGAACGAAACGGAACCCAUCGUCUUGGAAGGGAAAUGCCUAGUGGUGUGCGACUCCAGCCCCUCCACGGACGGGGCUGUCACCUCUUCUCUGGGAAUAUCCGUGCGCUCGGGCAGUGCUAAAGUGGCGUUCUCUGCUGUGCGCAGCACAAACCAUGAACCCUCCGAAAUGAGCAACAGAACCAUGACCAUCUACUUCGAUCAUGUGUUAGUUAACAUUGGUAGCCAUUUCGAUAUGAGAAGCAGCACUUUCGCGGCGCCGAGGAAAGGGAUUUACAGUUUCAGCUUUCACGUGGUGAAGGUGUACAACCGACAAACGAUCCAGGUAAGCCUGAUGCAGAAUGGCUGGGCUGUGAUUUCUGCUUUUGCCGGGGAUCAGGAUGUGACCCGAGAGGCUGCCAGCAACGGAGUGCUGUUGAAUAUGGAACGGGAGGACAAAGUCUACCUAAAACUUGAAAGAGGCAACCUGAUGGGCGGGUGGAAGUACUCGACGUUUUCUGGUUUUUUAGUAUUCCCUCUAUAAAGGAUCAGAGGCGUUCGUCAACCCCCUCUCAGGAGGGCAAAUCGCCAUGUACAUUCUCAAUAUUGCAACGGAACAACAAGAUUCGUAAAACCAAAAUCAUCUAACUGCUGCGGAAGGGACUGAGCGAUUUCCUACCGAUUAGAAUAAUUUAUUUGAAUACUGACAAUUGCCUUGACCAACGUGGUACUGAGUAGGUCUGGUGGACUGCACUUUAGGAUAUCAAGUGAAAUGAUUGGCAAGGCCAAUUUCUGGCUGGAAAACAGAAGCUGGAUUUUUCUCCGGACGGAUUAUUGAUCAGACGAGACGAUCCUUUGGUGAACAAGAGCGCACUGGCAAAACUGCUGAUCCAAACAGCGUAACAAAAAUUAAACAGAAGUUAGGGUUUUGAUUUAAAUGUUCUAGUAAUGCUUUAUUUCGUGUUCGUAUAUAGGCUUAAGUAAAGAACAAGUCCGAAUUCAGUGGCGUGUUUUCUUUUUGAGAUUUGGGGAAAUUCAUGUAGCGUUUCUGUGGGUGCGCUCGUUUUGAAGAAGUGCUUUUAUUGGAAUUCUUUGCACGGACGGAUGCAGCUCUUGUUCCUUCUAUGUGUUGUGGUCGGUGUUCUUUGACCUUUGGGUGCAGACAGAGUAACCUAUAGACUAAUAAGAACGAGACUUACAAACGAAUGGUUAUAAUAAAAGGACCCAAUUAUUUAUU